AUGAGGAGCAGCCUGACCGUGGUGGGGACCCUGUGGGCUUUCCUGUCCCUUGUUACUGCAGUUGCCAGUUCUACCAGUUACUUCCUGCCUUACUGGCUCUUUGGAUCCCAGCUGGGAAAGCCAGUGUCAUUCAGCACAUUCCGGAGGUGCAACUACCCUGUGCGGGGGGAAGGACAUAGUCUGAUCAUGGUGGAAGAGUGUGGACGCUAUGCCAGCUUUAGUGCCAUCCCAAGCCUGGCCUGGCAGAUGUGCACAGUGGUGACAGGUGCUGGCUGUGCUCUGCUGCUCCUGGUGGCACUGGCUGCUGUCCUGGGCUGCUGCAUGGAGGAGCUCAUCUCCAGGAUGAUGGGACGUUGCAUGGGAGCAGCGCAGUUCGUGGGAGGAUUGCUGAUAAGCUCAGGCUGUGCAUUAUACCCCUUAGGAUGGAAUAGCCCGGAGAUAAUGCAAACAUGUGGGAAUGUCUCCAAUCAAUUUCAGUUAGGUACCUGUCGGCUUGGCUGGGCCUAUUACUGUGCUGGAGGUGGAGCUGCUGCAGCCAUGCUGAUCUGCACCUGGCUCUCUUGCUUUGCUGGAAGAAACCCCAAGCCUGCUGUGUUGGUGGAGAGCAUCAUGAGGAACACCAACUCUUAUGCCAUGGAGCUUGACCGCUGCCUCAAACCUUGA